UUGUCAAACAGUAAACUUUCCUUAGGCUGCUUCAAGGUGUAGGAAUAGUGUAGUAAGCAGUUGGUUUACCAACAAAGACACAUUUUAAUUUCUUGUUACUUGGUGCAUUCGCACUGUAUGCUAAUCAAUAGACGUUGACCUGCGCCAAUCUGCCAAGUUCAUGUUUUAUAGGAAUUAAUUUGCGUGGGCUAAUAACAUGCUGGCCAGGGGUUGAAGAGUGACACCUAGACACCUGGUAAGCCUGGUGUGGAAUAGCAGGUCAGAGCCAUUCAGAGAGACUGCACUUCUUGAGGUCUGUGUGUUGGUCUUCGCACAUCCUCCCCCCACAUUCAAAAGCAGAGGUGACGUCUGUCUAGCUGCCCACUCAUCACCAGGACCAAUCCUUUCUCCUCUCUUGACAGCCUUGGCAGGAUAUGUGGAGACCAUUGUAGUGCAUCUCCUGCUGGAGAUAUAGGACACUAGCAUUGUGAUCCUGACCUGAUCCUGUUCUUGGCCAUGCACUUGGAAGUCAAGGUUGCAUUGAACUUCAUAGUGUCCUACCUGUACAACAAGCUCCCCCGGAGACGAGCAGAUCUGUUUGGCGAGGAGCUGGAGCGCAUCCUGGUGUCACGUUUCGAAGGUCACUGGUACCCUGAGGCACCUCUGCGUGGUUCCGCCUUCCGUUGCCUGCACCUUGGAGUCCCUAGGGAUCCUGUGGUGGAUUUGGCAGCCAGGAGGAGUGGUUUGGACACAGAGGAAGUCCGUGCCAAUGUCCCUCCAGAGCUCAGCAUUUGGAUUGACCCUUAUGAAGUGUCCUAUCAGAUUGGUGAGAAAGGUGCUGUUAAGGUUCUGUACAUGGAGGAUCCUCCAGGUUUAGGGGGAGAGGGUGGACCACCAGAGAGUGUUGGGCUCAGUAAAGGAGAGGUGGAGUUAGAUGAGGGGAAGAGUUUGGGCUUCAAUCCUGAUGCUCAGGUGUUUGUGCCCAUCGGUGGCCAGGUGUCACCCGUUAUGCUGCCAUCCCUUGCCAGUUCGCCUACACCUCUCUGCCAGGGUCUGUUCAGCUAUGCAGGCCCCAGUACUCCAACCAACCCUGCUGUACACUCCUCCAAUGCCUCCUCCCCUUCUCCACCCAGUGCAAGCCUGCCGUACCCUCACAGCCGCCCCACCCACCCCACGCCCGCCCCACAGCAAAUCACUUUCACCACAGCCAGCUUUGCUGCCACCAAGUUCGGGUCCACCAAGAUGAAGAAGUGUGGUCUUGGGGUGGUGGCUGGGUCCAGUAAUGUCGGCGCCCCUCAGCAGAGAAUGCUGAGCCGCUCCCCCACCACCAUAUCUCCCCCUGGGCUGGUCAAGCACAAGCCUGUUUCUCUCUCCAUGCACUCUCUAUCUGGCCAAGUCUCCAGCCAGCUCUCCCCUGAUGCCAAAGAGUUUGUCUACCCUGCUUCCCAAGGACCCCUCUACUUUGAUGCGAAGCCCCACCCUGACACACACAGGCCCAUUCCAGGCUCCGCCUCCACACCCACCCACAGCCAUGCCACCUUCGAUCCGUUCUCCAGUUCCCCACCAGGACAAGCUGUGAGUGUCAUUGGUGGCAACAGUGGAAUUUCCUUCAUGGAGAAACCCCCAUUCAUGGAUGGCAUGGGUGGAUACAACCUGCAGUAUGCUAGCCAAGCCUUCCAACCAGUCGUGUUGGCCAACUGAGUGUUCAUAAACCUCUGGAAUGGUACACUUAAACGGAAUCUCUUACAAGAACUUUAUUUUCACCAGUUAUUACUAAUAAAAAGUUAAGAUGGUAUUAUGACUACUUAAACCACAUUUACAUUUACUGUGAUUUUACUUGUUUUCCCAUGGGUUUUCAUUUAUUUUUGAAAGCAAUUCUUCCCCCCCCCCCCCCUCCAUCUUAAGCAUUGGGAGUAUCUAGGCUGCUGCUGCAGACAUUUUGCAGUGAAUGUUGUCAUGAUGGAGGUCACUUCAAGGUGUUUAUCCAGGUAUAUCUCUAACCUGGCUAAGUUAAUAAGCCCCUUAUCCUGUGAAUGGAGUUGACAUUCUGAUGGAUCACUCUAGAAUGGAACAUUAUAUUAAAUGAUUCAAGUAGAGGGCUAGCAUUCUUUUAAGUUCUGGAAAGUGGAGGUUGAACUCUAGCUAAGCUGUCUAGCCAAGCCCAGAUCACCACAGUUAUGGGUUUGUCAGUUUGACUUUGUGCCAACACAAGUCUUACUGUCUUUUCUGUGGCUUAUAAGUAUUGAGCUAGAACUGUGAACGAACGCACGCACACCUCUUUUGAAGAUGCGUGUUAUGUUCAGCCUAGUUCUCUUAAGGUUCAGAGAUUGUAAGGGAGCCUAAUGGUAAUGCUUUAGGACUGCAAAGCUGUUCAGGAAAACUGGUGUCUUCAUAUUCUGAAGCCAUAAACGAUACUAAGAGGGAAGCACCUUAGUAAAAGUGAAUGAUGAGAUGACUGUUAAUCAGGCUAGUCCUUUGUGUUGUGUACAAGCACAUGUGCAUUGUUGGUCAGCAGUGCGUAAAGGUGAGAGGGCAGCGGUGUAUCGGCUGUGACGUGGUACAGCAGACAAGUUUGAUAUAAAUGGCUGGUGCAGCUUAAGGGAGGGAGAGCAUGGAAAUGUACAUCCAUGUGUUCUUGCAUAAGUAUUGGUGAUGACCUUGCUGUCAUCCAACUGGCUGUAGCUCGAGUUGGUGCUGUAAAUUGCAACAGCUUGGAGAUCCUGCUGUUCUGCAGGGUUCAGAGUUCCAUCUGCAGCUGCUAGAUGCUGACCUGGAUUUGACUUUUACAGUAGGGGCUACAAGCAUGUGGCUUACCAUUGGAAUUGGGUGUUGAUGUAUCAGUUGCAGGAAAAGCAGUGACCUGGUUGUAAAGCAGGACUGAGCAUGCCUUGAUUUUCUGGGAAACAUAGUUGUUACCCCCAAUUUCCCCCCCCCCCCCCCCCCCAAAAACUCCUGGGCAACAUUCGGUUGCCCUGUUUUAUAAUGACCUUGUUCACACAUGUUCCAGCCCCCUCCAGUAUUUCAGCACUUUACCCUCUGGGAAAUUGAGUUCCCACAAUGCCUCAGUCAGAAAGGGCACUGCCAUUUCUGUUUGUGUCCUUUAUACCUUUUAAUAGCAACCAUUUCCAUGUGAUGAACAUGUUCAGUUAAAGGACAAUUGAAGAUGGUUAUUUUGUUGAGGUUGAACUGAAUGUGUAUCCUGCUGUCUACAUCUAAGUGCUCUCACCGGACCACCACUGACAUGUUGUGACCCCUUUACAUUGCAUUGUGCGAGUCCAUAGUGACUUCAGUUUUUCUUAAUCUUAUUACUUUUCCUUUUGGAUGAGAAGGGUCCAGAUUUCUGUCAUUGUUGUGACUGGGUGAAGCUGGGUGUAUUUUUACAUUUAUUUGUAAUUUAUUUACGAUUUUUCUAUUUUUUUUUCCAGUGUUUUUUCAGAGAGAAUCUAUGACAUUUGUAAAAGAAGAUAUAUACAAUGAUAUGUAUAUAUUUCUUAUGUUAAGAUAUCCUUUAUUUAGUUUCUUAUGUGCUGAGGUUAUUUUUUCAGGAAUAACUAAUGAAUAUAUAUAUAUGCAAGCGGAAACAAAUAAAAUGUUUAACAAAGUACAGAAUGUGUUGUACCUAUUUAGAUGUUUGUCAUGACAUGGUGUCUUGAGAAGGUUUGGACUGAAUGCUGACAGUUGGCUGAAUUCUGAAGUUAAAUUAUUUUUAACUUUUUUUUGUUUGUUUUUUUUUGUGUGUACACAUGCUCAAGAGCGGUCUGAAUGUUUGGACAGCCUGAGUCUGUUUGCACAUUAAAGCAAUCUUAAACAUUCCCCUUCAGUCAACAUCUGCAGAUUAAUUUCAGCAACACCCACCCCCCACUUAGUGACUCUUGUAUGGCUCUUGGCUAUAAAGGUUUUCAACACUAACAAAGGCCUCCAUUUCCAUACCAUAUCCAGCUGUUCCCAGCUGCCUGUAUAUGGCUGCCCAACACAACUAGCUUCUGCAAUAAAUCGACAAGCAAUGUUGAGUUGCAUUUAAACAUGUUAAGUCCUCUUGUUUUAGCCUUUCCUGACAGACAAAAUGGCUAAAUUUCUAACUUGUACCAACUUUUCUCUACUGCAUGAGUCCCUUACCGAGAGGUUUUGUGGAGGAGAGGGAGGAGUUGCCAUAUGGUUUUCAAUGCUGGCUUGGUGGCUCAGACCUGCUGUUCCAUCGCUUGUUGAUCAAGAAUUUCAUGCAAAUGGGCUCUCCUGGUUUUUCCCACCUGAAGGGACUGAACUCCAUGGGGGGGUGGAGGUUAGAAAUGAAAACUGUGUGAAUUUGCCUUAACUUCCUGUAAUGAAUAUGUAAUCAUUUCUGGAUGCUGGGAAGAAGCAUCUGUAUCCAGGUAAAGGAUUACUUGAAUGUGUGAUGUCCUUCUGUAUCCACAUGAUAUCAUGGUCUUGGGUGUGGCAUCAGUGAAUGUUUGCUGGUGGGUAUUUAAAUGUCUGAUUAAAGUUUAUGUAACACAUUUCAUUGUUUAUGAAAAUGUAGGGAAUUGUGUGGUUUUAUUUGCCUUUUUGCUUAAGUGAUGGACUAUAGGAGCUGAUUAUUCUAGCACCCUUAUGACGGAGGUCCAGCCUUUAACAGCGUUGGGAGAUGAGGCAGCACAGACCCUAAAAAUUAGGGUGUUUUCACUAAGCUGCUUUGUGCUGGUCCUCCGUGAGCUUGGUGUCACUGCUCCGGGUAACUGCUGUUGAAUCGCAGUCCAGAAAUGAGAUCAGUACUGUAUAAUGGAAAGUUCAUAUUCAGCCCCAAAAUGGUAAUAUGGUUAUAAAUAUGCAUUGCAUAAAUGCAUUACAUGCAAAUAAGUUUGCUUGUCCUUAUUUUCAUCAUAAGACCUUUUAUAAACCUUCAUUAUGAGCAGCCUUUGCAUUGUUGGGUCAAGCGUUUCUUGUUUGAAGUGUCUCAGCUUUGCCAGGUACCAGAUCGUAACACUCCUGGACCUCAGAUUAGUUUGCAAACACAGAGGCACUUAAGGACUUCCCCUGGUUGUCUAAGAUGAUGGAGAUGGUGAGGUAUCCAUGCUGGUGUUUUAAUUGCAGUGAUUUCUGGUUUGAAGCUUCUGUUCACCCUGAUUGAUGCUCUGCCUUUUUCUCAUUUUUUUGGCCGCGUUUCAUUCCGUUUACCUGCGUCACCAGGAACACAUGAUAUCGGGUACAAUAACAGAACAGCAUGUGAACUUGAGGAAUUUCACACGGUCAGCUGUUUUUAAAUGACUGAGCAGCGACAGGGCAGUCCUAACAGGUAGAGUUGUGUACCUGAAAGGUCCUUUUGCUUAUAACCUCCUGCACUUUUAAAUAUCUUGUUUAAAUAAAAAGUUUUUUAUAUGCAAAAUUUCUCAUUGAUCCAUACAUGACUAUAAAUGACACAAAUGUA